AUGGAAUGCAAAACGGCCAAAGAAAUGUGGACAACACUCCAAACUCACCAUGAAGGAACAAGUCGUGUCAAGGAAACAAGAAUUGACAUUGGUGUUAGAAAAUUUGAGCUAUUUGAAAUGAAGGAAGAUGAAUCAAUUGAUCAGAUGUAUGGAAGAUUCACAAUUAUCAUAAAUGAACUUAACUCAUUAGGGAAGAAAUUCUCUAUACAUGAAAGAGUGAGAAAAGUGCUUAGAUGUUUACCAAAGAGUUGGAGACACAUAGUAACAGCAAUCACAGAGUCAAAAGAUCUCACUGAGGUUAAAUUAGAAGAUCUCAUUGGAUCUUUAAAAGCUCAUGAGUCCAUUCUCCAGGAAGACAAACCUAUGAAAAACAAGAUGAUUGCAUUAGAUUCACAGACUAAAGAACGUUCUAAGAACAAAGAAGCAGUGGAGGAAGACAACAAGUUUCUUCAGGAAGAUGAUGAAGAAGAGUUAGCAUUUUUAUCCAGAAGGAUACAAAAGCUAAUGAUGAGAAGAAAUCAGAUUAAGAAGAACUUUCCACCAAGAAGAAAUGGAUCUAAACCAGAAGUAGAUAUCAGCAAAAUACAAUGCUAUGGAUGCAACCAAUUUGGACACUACAAGAAUGAAUGUCCUAAACAAAAGAACUCUCCUUACAAAUCCAUGAUGGCAACCUGGGAUGAGUUAGAUGAAAUACAAGAAGCAGAAGAAGAACAAGAAGCUAAUGUAUGUCUCAUGACAAAUGCAAACAUUGAAGAGGUAACUCUAGAUCCUUGUUCAUCUUGUCAAAAAACUGAACAUCUCUUUGAUAAUCUUUUAUAUGACUCUCAAAUUCUAAAUUCUAAAAAUGGUCAACUUAGAGAUGAAGUCACUAAGUUAACUAAAGAAAGAGAUGAAUAUAAAUCUGAUAAUGAUAUAAUGAAACAGAUAAUCAAAAAUAUGCAACUUGCACAUGAUGGACUUUCUAAGCAAAUUAAAGAACUUAGAGACAAUAAUAAAAUGAAAGAAUCAACUAAGGUUGAUGCCCUAGCCACCCAUAACAAAAUGCUAGAAACACAGAUUUCCCAGGUGGCACAACAACAAGCAACUAUUGCCGCCCCAGCUGGCACAUUUCCAGGACAACCCGAGCCUAACCCAAAAGGGCAUGCGAAUGCCAUACAUGCUAUAAUCACAAGAAGUGGAAAGGAGUUGCAAGGACCACCUGAUUCUGGAGUAAAAAACUCAGAAAGCGCUAAGAUAACCAACAAGGAAGCCGAGAGUAGUGAACCACCAAAAGAGCCUGAGAAAGAAUCCGAAAAUCCCCAAUUAGGAGAUAAGGAGGGGACAACCAAAAAGCUUACGCCUGCCUGCACCACCUGUUUACAAAACACCUAUCCCUUUUCCUCAAAGAUUAGCUAA